AUGGCGGCCCCGCCGGAACAUCUGGAGAAGGUGCACAACCGAGUACCCCGGGAGAUACUGUACGAGGUGUUGCGGAAGAUAUCGAGGCACAGUCGUGGUGGGGAGGGUUUUCGGUUCGGUGGGCUUGAGAUCUCGUCACUGCUUUUUGCGGAUGAUGUGGUCAUGAUGGCAUCAUCGGCCCAGCACCAUCAGCUCUCACUGGAUCGACACUGGUUCUGCAGACGGUGCAUCACCUCAUACUGGGACCAGUCUGCUUCAUCAGGACACUCCUCCUGUCCCCAAUGUGGAGAAAGAUCCACCAGAGCUGGACUGCAGACAGCCAGUCAGAACAGCUCUGUACAAAUGGAUGGCAGUCUGCAGGAGGUUUUAGAUGAACAUAAGAUCAGUCUGAGGAGGAGAUGUGAACGUGUGACUGAAGGAAGUGAUGAAACAGGAAGUGGAACCCUCCUCAACAGGAUCUACACUGAGCUCUACAUCACAGAGGGACAGAGUGAAGAGGUUAAUACCCAGCAUGAGGUGAGGCAGCUUGAGACAGCUUCCAAGAAGAAGACCCUCCAUGACACUCCAAUCAGGUGCCAGGACAUCUUUAAAGCCUUACCUGGCCAACAGAGAGCCAUCAGAGUGGUUCUGACCAACGGCGUCGCUGGCGUUGGAAAAACCUUCUCGGUGCAGAAGUUCACUCUGGACUGGGCAGAGGGCUCGGAAAACCAAGAUGUCGGUCUGCUCGUUCUGCUCUCGUUCAGGGAGCUGAACUUGAUCAAAGAUGAGCGGCACCUCUUCUGCUGGAUCACUGCUACAGUUCUGGAGCACAUGUUGACUACAGAGCAGAGAGGAGAGCUGCCCAAGACCCUGACUGACCUGUACUCACACUUCCUGCUGGUUCAGAUAAAGAGGAAGAAGCAGAAGUACGAUGAGGGACAUGAGACGAGUCCACAGGAGCUGACGGAGGCUGACAGGGAGGUUCUUCUGAAGCUGGGGAGGCUGGCGUUUGAACAGCUGGAGAAAGGAAACAUCAUGUUCUACCAAGAAGACCUGGAGCAGUGUGGUCUUGAUGUCACAGAGGCCUCGGUGUACUCAGGAGUUUGUACAGAGAUCUUCAAAAGAGAGAGUGUGAUCUUCCAGAAAACAGUCUACUGCUUUGUUCAUCUGAGCGUUCAGGAGUUUCUGGCUGCAGUCUACAAGUUCCACUGUUACACCAGCAGGAACACAGAGGGACUGGAGGACUUCCUGAGGAGUUCCAUGGAGAAAUCUCUCCAAAGUGAAAAUGGCCACCUGGACCUGUUUGUUCGCUUCCUUCAUGGCCUCUCUCUGGAGUCCAACCAGAGACUCUUAGGAGGCCUGCUGGGUCAGACAGACAACGGUCUAGAAAUCUUCCAGAGAGCCAUCAACAACCUGAAGGUGAUGAACAUAAACUGGAUCUCUCCUGACAGAAGCAUCAACAUCUUCCACUGUCUGACGGAGAUGAACGACCACUCAGUACAUCAGGAGAUCCAAGAGUUCCUGAAGUCACAGAACAAUUUAGAGAAAGACCUCUCUGAGAUCCACUGCUCAGCUCUGGCCUACAUGCUGCAGAUGUCAGAGGAGGUUCUGGAUGAGUUGGACUUGAAGAAGUACAACACAUCAUUGGAGGGACGACAGAGACUGAUUCCAGCUGUGAGGAACAGCAGAAAGGCUCAACUUGGUGACUGUGGACUCUCAGAGACUCACUGUGAAGUUGUAGCCUCAGCUCUGAAGUCCAACCCCUCCCAUCUGAGAGAGCUGGACCUGAGUGGAAACUACAACCUGGAGGAUUCAGGAGUGAAGCUGCUGUCUUCUGGACUGGAGAGU